UCCCGCCCCUUCGGCCCAGGGUCUCCGUCCUCGUCGGCUCGACCUCCCUGCGGGCUAAGAUGGCGGCCGCGGUCAGAGCCAUCGGGAGCUGGGCGCGCUUCGCCGCCGCCGCCAAGUACUGCCCUUCCGGGGGGCGCCUGGCAGGUUAUGCCUGCCAAAGCCUCAGCACUACCUCUCCCCUCAAAUCUAGAACGCAUGUUAACUAUGACAUCAAAGGAGAUGUUGCUGUUGUGCGUUUUAACUCUCCAAAUUCCAAGGUUAAUACCCUGAGCAAGCCAAUGCAGUCAGAGUUCACUGAAGUGAUGAAUGAGAUCUGGGCCAACGACGCCAUCGCCAGUGUUGUCCUUAUCUCGGCAAAGCCCGGUUGCUUCAUUGCCGGGGCCGACCUCAACAUGAUCGAGGCCUGCAAAUCCAGCCAAGAAAUCACGCAGCUUUCUCAGGAAGGGCAGAAGACGAUGGACACCUUGGAAAAAUCCCCCAAACCCAUUGUGGCUGCCAUCAGCGGCUCCUGCCUUGGAGGAGGGCUGGAGCUGGCCAUCGCUUGCCAGUACAGAAUCGCCAUCAAGGACAAAAAGACCCUCCUGGGCUCACCCGAGGUCUUACUGGGGCUGCUGCCGGGAGCAGGAGGCACUCAGAGGCUGCCCAAGAUGGUGGGCAUUCCAGCUGCCUUCGACAUGAUGCUGACUGGGAGGAACAUACGCGCCGACAGAGCCAAGCGGAUGGGGCUGGUGGACCAGCUGGUGGAUCCACUAGGUCCAGGCAUCAAGAGCCCGGAAGAGCGGACGCUGGAAUACCUGGAGGAGGUGGCCAUCACGUUUGCCAGAGGCCUAGCCACCAAGAAGAUUUCCCGGAAGAAGGACAAGGGGCUCGUCCAGAGAGUGACGGAUUUUGCCAUGUCUGUUCCCUUCGUGCGUCAGCAAGUCUACAGAAUGGUGGAGCGUCGUGUGCAGAAACAGACCAGAGGACUCUACCCAGCUCCCUUGAGCAUCAUCGAGGUUGUGAAAACUGGCCUAGAGAAAGGCAACGAAGCCGGCUAUCUUAUAGAAUCCCAGAAAUUCGGAGAGCUUGGGAUGACCUCCGAGUCAAAAGCCCUGAUGGGGCUCUACCACGGGCAGGUCCAGUGCAAGAAGAACAAGUUUGGGCAGCCGAAGGAGCCUGUCCGGAAUCUGGCAAUUCUGGGGGCGGGCCUGAUGGGCGCCGGCAUUGCCCAAGUCUCUGUGGACAAGGGGCUCCAGACCAUCCUGAAGGACACGACUCUCGAGGGCUUGAGCAGAGGCCAGCAGCAGGUCUACAAGGGCUUGAACAACAAAGUGAAAAAGAAGAACCUCACCUCGUUUGAGCGGGACACGAUCCUCAGCAACCUGAUGGGGCAGCUGGACUAUAAGGGCUUUGAGAAGGCCGACAUGGUGAUCGAAGCGGUCUUCGAAGACCUCGGCGUCAAGCACAAAGUGCUGAAGGAGGUGGAAGCGGUGGUCCCUCCUCACUGCAUCUUUGCCAGCAACACGUCCGCCCUGCCCAUUCACCAGAUUGCCGCGGUCAGCAAAAGGCCGGAAAAGGUGAUUGGAAUGCACUACUUCUCCCCCGUGGACAAGAUGCAGCUGCUGGAGAUCAUCACCACCGACAAAACCUCCCCGGACACGGCCGCGGCAGCCGUAGCGGUCGGCCUCCAGCAAGGGAAGGUCAUCAUUGUGGUGAAGGAUGGCCCUGGUUUCUACACCACCCGGUGUCUUGCGCCCAUGUUGGUGGAAAUCCUCCGCCUUCUCCAGGAGGGCAACGAUCCCAAGAAGGUGGACUCCCUUUCCACGGGUUUCGGCUUCCCCGUCGGGGCAAGCACCCUCGUCGACGAAGUAGGUGUCGAUGUGGCCGCGCACGUCGCCGAGGAUCUUGGGAAGGCUUUUGGAGAACGGUUUAAAGGAGGGGACGUGGAGCUUUUGAAGGCCAUGGUGAACAAAGGCUUCCUGGGCCGCAAAUCCGGGAAGGGCUUCUACGUCUACCAGGAAGGGGUGAAGGACCGGAGCAUCAACAACGGCAUGGACGAAAUCCUGCAGAAGUUCAAACUGGCGGCCAAGCCGGAGGUCUCUUCGGACGAGGAUAUCCAGAUGCGCCUGGUGUCGCGGUUUGUGAACGAGGCUGUCCUGACCCUGCAAGAGGGCAUCCUCAGCAACCCCGUGGAAGGGGACAUUGGAGCCGUGUUUGGGCUGGGCUUCCCCCCGUGCUUGGGUGGCCCCUUCCGGUACGCAGACUUCUACGGGGCCCGGCGGCUGGUGGACCGCAUGAGGAAGUACGAGAGUGCUUACGGAAGCCAGUUCACGCCGUGCCCGCUGCUGCUUGACCACGCCAAGGACUCCAGCAAGAAAUUCCACAAGUGAACUUAUCUGAACCUCCACCAGCCGUCCGUCGGCGGAGAGGAAGAGGGAAAACUCGCCGGCGGUUCGCCAGCCUGAGGGCGACGGGUCUUGACCCUUAUAGUGCCUUAACCCCUCGGCCACUACCUCUCCCAGGCCCCCUCCCCCUCGCCCGGCUGAAGGUUGGCUUCCCCAUAUCCAAAAAGGGAAGCAAGGGUGGGGUGGGGGGGUUCUCUGCCUCCCAACCCAAGCCUGACCCCCCCCCCGGGAGUCCCAGAGCCAACAGCAGCAGCAACACUGGCGAAAAAGCUGCUGUUUCUGGGUCCAGAGCCCACUCCGCCUUCAUCUCCGUAAGAAGAGAAUUUCUGACAAUAAAUCCUCGUGCCUGGUUCUGUCAAGG